UUUGAUAAACUACAUAUUUCAUGAAAGUCCACCUUGAGUUUGUUCUGUUCUCGUCAGAGAUAGAGAGAGAUGAGUUCAGUGGCUCCGGGCGUCGUCCACAACGUGUUCGUCUACGGCAGCUUGAUGGCGGAGGACGUCUGUCGUGUCCUCUUGAAUCGAGCCCCUCAAUCCUUUUAUGCUACCCUCGAUGGCUACCAUAGGUACAGCAUCAAAGGACGUCUUUAUCCGGCGAUUAUCCCCGUCGAGAAUAAGAAAGUUACCGGCAAGGUGCUGUUAGGCAUCACAGACCCUGAAUUACAUAUAUUAGAUGAAUUUGAGGAUGUUGAGUAUCAGAGGAGCACUGUUGAGGUCUCUUUGAUGGAUAGUUCUCAGAACUUACAAGUUCAGACUUAUGUUUGGAGUGACAAAAAUGACCCAAACCUGUAUGGAGAAUGGGAUUUUGAGGUGUGGAAACAAAUACACAAGGAGGACUUUAUCAAGAUGACUUCUGGUUUCAUGGAAGAGAUGGAGCAACCUGAAUCAAAGCCUAGAGUUGCAACAUACGAAUCAUAUUAUCAGCAGGAUGGCUAGAAUAUUUUCCUACCGAAACCCAAUUUGUAGAAUAUAAUCCAUUUACACUUCUAUUCUAUCAUCAAUAUAAUGGUUUGGAUUUGUGUUUC